UGAGUAGCAGAAAAAGGAGAGCAGAGAACUGUCUGCUACUUCCAUCCACUGCUUUGUCUGCUCAGGCGGAGUGUAUGUGUGUCUCAGUUUUGUCAUCCAUUCAGUGAAAUCAAGAGGAUUGAUCAGACUAGCCAACAUGUGGACUGCGUGUCCACAAAAAGAGCAGGCACACCCUGCUCCAGGGUCUAACUGCUAAGCAUGCUGGGUAAGGCUCAGCCAACUACAAGUAACCUCAGCCUGGUGAACUCUGAAGUUUCUGAUACUACGUCGGCCUCAGACAUACUCGACGGUAUCAACAUGGCCGACCUUGUGGAAAGCCUGGAUGCCAGAGAACUAGACAUAGAGGAGGGAGAGGAGAUGGACUACGAUGGAAACUACUUGGGGGAUUGUCGUAUCCCAUUUUCAGCCGUGUAUGCUACAGUGGGCUUCAAGGAGGCCAAUGCUAAGGUCUACCUACCCACUGUGCCCAUUACUGUUCGGAUCCUGGAGGUGGAACGGUUCACCACAGCACAAGAUCGUUUCAACGUGUCACAUCACAGGAGUGUCAACAAGUCUCUGCCAGCAGUGUUUCGGAUUGAGCUGAAACAUGGAGAGUUUACCUGGGUGGUUAAGAGGAAAGAGAAGCAUUUCAUGGAGCUGCACAGAGAGCUGAGGACGUACAAGACCUUCAUGAGGAUUCCACUGCCAUCCCGCAGUCAUACAGUGAGGAGGAAGACUGUGAGGAAGAGCGAAGUGAGGGAGAUGCCCUCCCUGCCCAGGGGGGGAGGAGAUGAGCUGGUGCGAGACGAGCAGGUCUCCAGCAGGAGGCGACAGUUAGAGGACUAUUUGAACAAGCUGCUGAAGAUGGCCAUGUACCGUAAAUAUCACCAUACUAUGGAGUUCAUUGACGUCAGCCAGCUGUCGUUCAUUCAUGAUUUGGGACCCAAAGGACUGGAAGGGAUGAUCCACAAGCGCUCAGGCGGACAUCGUAUCCCUGGACUGAACUGCUGUGGUCAGGGUCAGGCUUGCUAUCGCUGGUCCAAACGCUGGCUUGUGGUGAAAGAUUCAUUCUUGCUGUACAUGAAGCCAGACUCGGGAGCGAUCUCCUUCGUCCUGCUUGUAGAUAAAGAAUUCAGCAUCAAGAUGGACUCCAAAGACACAGAAACCAAACAUGGAGUCCGGAUUGACAGCCUUUCCAGGACCCUUGUGUUCAAGUGCAGCAGCUACAGAAAUGCACGUUGGUGGGGUCAGAGCAUUGAGAGCUUCGUGAGGAAUCAUGGGAAGGCGUUCCUCCGAGAACACCGCUUUGGAUCUUUUGCACAGGAACAGGAAAACAUUCCUGCCAAAUGGUAUGUUAAUGGAAAAACAUACAUGGAGGAUGUGGCUGAUGCUUUGGAAGAGGCUAAAGAGGAAAUCUUCAUCACUGACUGGUGGCUGAGCCCAGAGAUCUUUCUGAAAAGGCCUGUUGUAGAGGGCAACAGAUGGAGGCUGGAUUGUAUCCUCAAACGCAAAGCACAACAGGGAGUGCGAAUCUUUGUAAUGUUGUACAAGGAGGUGGAGCUUGCACUGGGCAUUAAUUCAGGCUACAGCAAAAGAACCCUCAUGCACCUGCACCCCAACAUCAAGGUGAUGCGUCAUCCAGAUCACGUCUCCUCCUCUGUAUAUCUGUGGGCGCAUCAUGAGAAGAUUGUAGUUAUUGACCAAUCAGUGGCCUUUGUGGGCGGGAUCGACCUGGCGUACGGUCGCUGGGAUGACAGAGAGCAUCGGCUGACGGAUGUGGGCAGUGUGACACGCUCCGUGGCCCUGGAACAGUCUGGCUCCACCAACACACCAUCUGGUAAGGGAGUGUCCUCUGCUGAUGCCGUCUCUCAGAGCAAUGGGCGAGGGACGGCGCCCAGUGAACCUGUGGAGUUACCGAAGUUGAAGGGAAUCGGUCGCAACAGGAUGGUUCGCUUCAGUCUGUACAGACACCUGCACAAACACACUCUGCAGCACGUGGACAGCGUCAGCAGCAUUGAUAGCGCAGGGAGUGGUUCUGUCAAAAGCCUUAAGACUGGCAUUGGCGAGUUACAGGGAAACACUCGCUUCUGGCAUGGAAAAGACUAUUGCAACUUCGUCUACAAAGAUUGGAUCCAGCUGGAGAAACCUUUUGAUGACUUUAUUGACAGAUACACCACUCCCAGAAUGCCUUGGCAUGACAUCGCCUCAGUGGUUCAUGGGAGAGGUGCUCGGGAUGUGGCGAGGCACUUCAUCCAGCGGUGGAACUUUACAAAGAUCAUGAAGCCAAAGUAUCGUUCUCUGUCUUAUCCAUUCCUGCUGCCAAAGUCUCAUUCCACAGCCAGUGAGAUUAAAUACCAAGUUCCUGGAUGUGUUGAUGCCAAAUUGCAGGUGUUGCGGUCAGCAGCAGACUGGUCAGCGGGCAUAAAAUACCAUGAGGAAUCCAUCCAUAAUGCCUACAUUCAGGUCAUUGCCAAGAGCAAGCACUACAUCUACAUUGAGAAUCAGUUCUUCAUCAGUUGUGCUGACAACAGGACGGUUUACAAUAAAAUCGGAGACGCCAUCAUCGAAAGGAUCCUCAGGGCACACAAGGAGGGUAAGACGUACCGUGUGUAUGUGGUCACGCCUCUGCUUCCUGGCUUUGAGGGCGACAUCACUACAGGAGGAGGGAAUGCCAUCCAGGCUGUCAUGCACUUCAACUACAGAACCAUGAUCAGAGGAGAAUAUUCCAUCAUCUCCCAGCUGAAAAAAGAGAUGGACAACGAGUGGAUGAAGUACAUUUCUUUCGCUGGGCUGCGGACUCACGCCGAGCUGGAGGGACGCCUGGUCACAGAGCUCAUCUACGUCCACAGCAAGAUGCUCAUCGCUGACGACAACACAGUCAUCAUCGGUUCAGCUAACAUCAAUGACAGAAGCAUGCUGGGUAAACGCGACAGCGAGGUGGCAGUGAUCGUUGAAGACUCAGAAAAAGUCGCCUCAGUGAUGGAUGGACAGGAGUAUGAAGCUGGACCCUAUGCACUUCAGCUACGCCUCGAAUGUUUCAGGACUAUCCUUGGGGGACACACAGACUCUAGCAUUGACCUGUCUGAUCCCAUCAGUGAUUCUUUCUACAAGGAGGUGUGGAUGACUACAGCUGGCCGCAAUGCUACCAUUUAUGAGAAGGUAUUCCGUUGCCUGCCUUCAUCCCUGGUGAGAAACAUGGCAGAGUUGGAGCAAUACCAGUCCAAGCCAGGCUUGGCCCAGACUGACCUGGCCCGUGCUCAGGAGGAACUGCGCAAAAUCCGAGGCUUCCUCGUCCAGUUUCCUCUGGACUUCCUGUCUGAGCAUAACCUCAUGCCUUCUGUUGGAACAAAGGAAGCCAUGGUCCCAACGGAGAUCUGGACAUAAGGAAUGUGAACCCACAUCCUCUAGCUUUCACAUAUGAACUUUAAGUAUGUUUCUUGAGUGAAGUCUCUGGAUUGUGAUGACCUUUGGGAGAUCACAUUUAAUUUACAGUCCUCUUUUGGCCUCAUAUUCCUGCUGGGAAUUGACAAAUCUAUUAAAUCAGUUUAAACUGAAAACACUAAAUUGUAAAAGUUCCUGUUUGUUAUUUGCAGGAGAAAGGACAUCAAAAACAGCUAAAGUAAAUGCUUGGUGACUACAUUUAAACUGAAGAGAACUGUGGGUUUUGGGAAUCAGCUGCACCUCUGGAUGCUGAGAUAUUUAAACUGUGGAAAGACAGCGAGCAUUUCUACGGGACCAGGUUGAGAAAACAGAAACUUCUUUUCACGAUGCUUACAAAUAUUCAGAUCUCCAUUGAAUUAUAGAUUAUAAUGCAUGAUGCACUGAGCUUGUGAUGAAGAUUGUGCUAUAUGGGCCUGCGUAUAUGCUGCUUUUGACAAAUUCCUCGAGUUUUAGGGCUUGUCCACUCAGUUGUAUCAUGAAGAUCUUUCUUUUUUUUAGUAGAAGGAAUUAUAAAAUUGAUCCACCUUUGACUGUGUUGCACAAUCACAGAGACAGUUUUACUGGUAGGUUUUCCACAAAUCUUAACACGACUGCUAUGAUACAUGUCCCAAAUGCAACUCUUUAUUUCAUAAAGAAACUGCAGACAUUAUAUUUCUUGUUUAAGAUGUAUUGUGUCAGAUUUGUCUCCAGUGUGAGAUUUGGAUAUCCUCUAAUGAUGCAAUCAGAGUGAAUCAAGAAAACCAAUUGUGGUGGCUUUUAUUAUUAUUGUUUUAAUUAUAAAAUUUGGAGGGUAAGAUCAGAGUGAAAGCAGCAGGGUAGGACAAUCAGGCUGUAUGUUGGAAGGAGUCAUUUCCUGUUUGUUCAGCAGAUGGUGCUAUCUACAAAAAAAUUCAGUCUGCUUACAGUCAAACAGAAAAAAAUUAUCUGGAAAGUUUUUUUUUUUUUGUCUAAUGGCGGUUUUUAUAAGAGUAAAGUUUCUGUUAGAAGUAAAAGUAGAAUAAAAGAAAAAAAAAACUACUCAUCUCCAUUAGGGACACAUCUCAUUAUUUGUAAAUUGUCACAGUCUGAGGAAAUUAGGAAUUUCCACUCUUAAGGUGCGACUCGGUCAUUAAGUGGAUGUACAUGUAUAUAUCACAUGAUUUGAGUUUAAGAUGAAAUCGAAGACUACUUAUUUAGAAAAGCCCUCGGCUUACUGCACAUUAAAGACUGCAGGAAAUACGUAGUUAAAAAACUUCACUAAGGUUAUGAAACAAUAAAGUUUGACUCAUGCCAGACUGGAUCAUGUCAAUCAACAAAAUAAUUGGCUUCUUUUGGCAGAGAACAUCUCUGUCAAAAGAUCUACAUCACACACCCAACACAUGAAUCACUGGUAUUUCUGUAAAAGAAAACAACAAAACAAAUGGCUGUGGAAUAUUGCAGGAUCAGAUAAAGAAAAUUGAAUUUUUUGAACGGGACCAUGAAAUGUAAAUGAAGUGUUAAAGGGCAGAAAGAAUAGUUUUGUUUCUAUAAAGACACUAUUUUUGCUUUUCCUUUUUAUUGUAAUAGAUAAUGUCUGUAAUGUUUACCUUUGCUGUAUUUGUUUUAUUUAUGGACUAUGAAGAAUUUAACAGUUUUUAAAGGUAUAUUUGAAUUAAUAACAUGGUUGUACGGCUGGUUGAGAAUUUAUAAUUUAACUUCUUCUUCUGUUUCAUUACCACCGCGCACCUCUUUUUUGUCUGUUAACUCUGUGUACUACUGUCUCUGUGCAUGUGCAAUAACGUUUUUGUAAAGUUGAAAGUAUUUCUAAUUCCAUUUAAAACUGUGUAAUUCACAUGGCUAAAGAGUAAAAUUAUCUUUGACGUUUUA